AACAGCACUGCUGUGUGAGACUCUCCCCUGCAAACAGGCUCAUUAGAAUGGCCCUCACCAGGAUCCUGAUUGCUGGAGGGCUGCUGAGCUGCCUCUACACUCUCUGCUCCUCCACAGCAACACCACAUCCGUCUUUCCUGGUGACCUUUCCUGCCCAGAUAUGGUCAGAGUCCGAAGCCAAACUCUGUGCCAGCCUCUUGAGUCCAAACGAGACUCUGCUCAUGUCCAUAUAUCUGACCAAUGGAGAUGAGAAGAAGAUGCUGCACCAGGAAACAUCAGACAAGGACUUUCACCGCUGCUUCCAGUUCCAGGCCCCUUUGGUGAAAGAAGGAUCUGUACAGAAAAUCACAGUAGAGGUCAAAGGUCAAACAUCUUACUGGACCUCAGAAAGUCGGGUGAAGUUUAGGCCAAAACCUGCUCCUGUAACCUUCAUCCAGACAGAUAAACCCAUAUACACCCCAGGCCAAACAGUGCAUUUCAGAGUGGUCACCAUGGACACUAAAUUCAUACCGCUAGAUCAGGAGUACCAUACCAUGUCACUGACAGACAGCCAUGGCAACACCAUUGGCCAGUGGCUGAAUGUGACGUCAGAGCGUAAGAUAGUGCAGCUGUCUCACGCCCUAAACCCUGAGGCAGCCCAGGGUCACUACACGCUGUCAACACAUACACACGGCCGCAUACGAUCCCACAGGUUCCAGGUGCAAAAAUAUGUUUUACCCAAGUUUGACGUAACGACUAAAGUCCCAGAACAAGUAAGCGUUGGGGCAGAAGAAAUGACAUUGGAAGUGUGUGCAAAGUACACCUUUGGCCAGCCUGUCCCAGGGAUGGCCUCCAUGUCACUGUGUCGAAACGCUAGUAUGGACUACAUAUAUAAUGACCGUGACGAGCUUGUAGAAGGCAUCUGUCUCACACACUCAGCUGAGAUGAAGGCCUCUGGCUGUGCCUCUUUCAUUGUUCGUGUGUCUGAACUCACUCAAGGUCCCUCUGCAACGAAACUGAGGGACACCCUUACUUUCAACGUCACCGUGGCUGAGGAAGGGACAGGCAUCAGUAGGUCAACAGAGAAUUCUAUAACGGUAAACUUCUCCAUUGGGAAAGUCACAUUUGAAGAACUACCCACUCUUAUUGAGGAGAAAGCAGUUAUGAAGGGCAAGGUCAGAGCAACACAUUACAAUGGAACAGGAAUCGCCCAUAAGACUAUCCACCUGAUGAUGCGCCAAGCCCCCAGCUAUGAGUCCAGCCUGCUCCAGAACCUGACCACAGACGCUGAUGGACUGGCCCACUUCUCUUUCAACACGACUCCUUUCCCCGGAGACAUUGAGCUCAUCGCAACCACUUUAAUGGAAGACCAUGUGCCAUUCCGCACCCCUUACUACGAUUCAGUUUCUAAGACGGUGUCCAGACUGAAGCUGGCAUCACCACACACUCCUACAUCCAGCUCUCUCAGCAUCAACAAAAUAGAUGAUGCUCUUCAGUGUGGCAAAGACGUACCCAUCACCAUUAAGUACACCUUCACUGGGGAGACUUUCAACGCAGACUCUGUGGAUGUCAUUUAUAUGGUAUGUGGAUCACAGAUUACAUUCCAGGCAUCAAAACAGUCUUCUAAACUCUCUCUUUGGUUAGAUGUCAUUAGGUUUCUUUGUUUGUUGCAGGUUGUAUCCAAAGGGCAGAUUGUUCAUCAUGGUUUUGCUGAAGCUUCAGUGAAGGGUUCUCCACCAGUAACUCAGGGUGAGGUUUCCUUCCAGUUGUCCGUCAGUGCUGAGAUGGCCCCCUCAGUGCAGGUCCUGGCCUACUGUGUCUUACCCAGUGAGACGGUCCUGGCUGACAGCAAAACCUUCUCAACGGAGAAGUGCUUCAUAAACAAGGUGUCGGUGCAGUUCUCCCCCCCUAAAGCGGUUCCUGGAGAGGAGAGCUCCCUGCAGCUGUCAGCUCAGCCUGGCUCACUGUGUGGCCUCAGUGCUGUGGAUCAGAGCAUUUCUAUCCUGGAGCCAGGGAAGGGCCUAAAUACAGACAAGAUUUUCGGUCUACUGCCUGACUUGGAGUCAAGAGUGAGUUACGAUGUGGAAGAUCCCGAGAAGUGUCUUCCUGUGAGGCCGAGGAGAUCCGUGAUGCCAGGCCCCUACUACCCUGGGAGUGGCUCACAGAAAGGGCCCACUGAAGCUUUCAAGAGGCUGGGACUGAAAGCUAUAACUAACCUGGUUGUGAAGAAUCCCGACUGUUUAUUGUUUAAGGGAAACAGAUACGAACGGCAUUUUGGUAUGUAUCGACAUUUGGAAUUUGAUUCUCAACCGGAUAUGGCCUCUCUUCACAGGGGGUCUGGAGAAACACAAGUCCCUCUCACUGUCCCUGACACCAUCACCACCUGGGAGAUGGAGGCGUUCUGCCUGUCCCCCCAGGGCUUCGGUCUGGCCCCACCAGUUCAGCUCACAGUGUUCCAGCCCUUCUUCCUCGAGCUCUCCCUGCCCUACUCCAUCAUCCGUGGAGAGACCUUUGAGCUCAAAGCAACAGUUUUCAACUACCUGCCCAAGUGCAUCAUGGUCACAGUGACUCCAACCCCUUCAUCAGACUUCACUCUGACCCCCUCCUCUGAUGGCCAGUACUCCUCCUGUCUGUGUGCAGAUGGGAGAAAAACCUUCAAAUGGACGCUAGUGCCCUCUGUACUCGGAGAGAUGAGCGUGACUGUGAGUGCGGCCGCUAAGCCGUCUCGGACUCUGUGUGGCAAUGAAGUGGUGACCGUCCCAGAGAGAGGCCGCGUAGACGCAGUCACUCGCUCCCUCAAGGUCAAGGCUGAAGGAACUGAGAAGUCUGAGAGUUUUAGCUGGCUGCUGUGUCCGAAAGGGGGCGCUCUAACAGAGGAGGUGGAGCUGAAACUCCCAGCAGCUCUAGUGAAGGGAUCAGCUAAAGCCUCAGUGUCUGUGCUGGGAGACAUCCUGGGUCGUGCUUUGAAGAACAUCGACAGCCUCCUGCAGAUGCCUUAUGGUUGUGGGGAGCAAAAUAUGGCCGUCCUCUCCCCAAAUAUCUACAUUCUGCAGUACUUACAGAACACUGGCCAGCUCACUGCAGACAUCAAGGAAAAGGCCACCAAUUUCCUCAAGAACGGAUACCAGAGGCAGCUGAACUACAAGCACCGUGAUGGAGCCUACAGCACAUUUGGUAGUGGACAAGGAAACACAUGGCUGACUGCAUUUGUGCUAAGAUCCUUUGGUAAAGCAACAUCCUUUAUCUACAUCGAUCCACAAAUUAUUACGGAUGCAAAGACUUGGCUUGAAAACAAACUGCAACCAGAUGGUGUUUACCAUAUGCAGGGGAAACUUUUCAACAACAGAAUGAAGGGGGGUGUAAGUGAUAACGUAACAAUAACUGCAUACAUCACUGCAUCAAUGCUUGAACUGAACAUGUCUGUCACGGAAGAAACCAAGAGGUUUCUAAAGUCCUCCGUCAGUGACCUGUCCAACACCUAUACCACUGCUCUACUGGCCUACACCUUCAGUCUCGCUGGAGAAGAAGACAUUCGAGCUGAGCUUCUGAAACACUUGGACAGUAAAGCAACUUCUGGAGGGAGUCUCCUGCACUGGUCUCAGUCCUCAUCAGAGAGAGCUGAUUCUCUGGCGGUGGAGAUGAGUUCUUAUGUGCUGUUAGCUGUUCUCACCAAACCCACACUGACUGCUGCUGACUUAGGCUAUGCUUCCAGGAUCGUCAGCUGGCUGGUGAAGCAGCAAAAUCCAUAUGGAGGCUUCUCUUCCACACAGGACACGGUGGUGGCACUGCAGGCUCUGGCUCUGUAUGCCACCAAGGUCUUCAGCCCACAUGGCUCCGGCACAGUGACCGUGCGGUCAGCAGGGGGCGACACACACCAGUUUGAUGUGAACCAGCACAACACACUGCUGUACCAGGAGAGGGCGCUGCGCCACGUUCCUGGGAAGUACAGAGUGGACGUGAAGGGCUCUGCAUGCGCUUCUGUGGGGGUCGCUCUCUUCUACAACAUCCCCACUCCCAGUAAGCACUCAACCUUGAGCAUUAAGACUCAAGCCAAGCCUCUAACUGAGGGGGAGUGCAACAAAGCCAAUGGACAGGCAUUCAGCUUAAACAUCACAGUCCAGUAUGAUGGACCACAGGAGAGCACCAACAUGGCUAUAAUAGAUGUGAAGAUGUUAUCUGGUUUCACACCUGACUCUGCCUCUGUUGAAAGACUAAAGGGCAGCAUAUUUGUGGACAGAGUCGAUAAGAAAGAUGACCACAUCCUGGCAUAUUUGUCAGAGGUUCCAAAGGGUUUACCUAUUUCGUAUCAACUGACAAUCCGACAGGAUCUCCCAGUGAACAAUUUGAAGCCAGCAGUGGUCAAGGUGUAUGACUACUACCAAACCAGUGACCAGGCUGAGGCCGAGUACCACUCCCCAUGUGCAUAAGAAGGCGUCCAGAUGUAUUGAAUCUGUGUGUGUGUGUGUGUGUGUGUGUGUGUGUGUGUGUGUGUGUGUGAACUUGGCUAUGUACUGUUGAGUUCCAAGCACAAAUGACAUUCCAUUAAAAAUAAUUGACAAUGUCUGAAUUUCAAUGUUAUAAUUAUGAACACAGCUACUGUAUGCUGACAAUAAAUAUUUCCCUUUGAACAUA